CUUAACGUAAGAUCCUUUGGAAGUAAUGAUCCCAAUAUCUGCACUUAAAAGAACCCAUGAACUCAUCAAUGGCGUUCGAUCACUAAGCGUAUAAACCCCGUUUCCUCAUUUGUUCUCUCCUUUUUUCGAUUGUUUCCCUCUCUGGGGGUGGUCAUGGAUCUAUUCAUGGGCGAGCUAAAUGGCAGGCUCAGAGUUUCGGUCGCGGAUUCGACUAUGAUGUGGAUUGUGCACGAGGCGAUGCACAAGGCCCACGAGAAGGUCAAGUCGAAGGGCGUGAUCUCGCGCCUCAACGAGAUAUCCAAGUUCUAUGAACUGGCCGUGAUUCAACUGGAAGGGUGUCUGAGGUUUGUCCAAGAAGAGGCAGAUUCUGGCGCUCUCGAGACCCCCCACCAGGAUCUGCUCACCGAUUUGGCCGAGAUCAGGAACCAUCUCCAGGGCCGCCUCAUAGAGUCGGAGAUGGCGAUCUUGGAGAAGGACGCGGAGUUGGCGCAGAGAUUGGAGAGCGAGAUCAGGCUCAGACAGGCACUGGACAUGAAGGAGAUCGAAUUGGCUUCUUUGAGGAGCGAAGCGAAGCUUGAAAGAGAAUCGAGGGUUGAGGGCGUUGAGGACUCGAGUUCAAGCAAUGUCUGGGUUAGCGGUGGAGAUGAGAGCGGAGGAGGUGAGUUUUGCGAGCUGAAGAUUUCAGUGGAUCAACAAGUGUUGAAUAUCAAACAGAAACUCGAUCCUGAUUACGAUAAUGAAGCGGUCGAUGAAGCAAAAGAACAUAGGAGUCCUAGUAACACGAUGAUCGAGCGAAAGGGCUCUGACAUCAACACACUGAAGGAGACUCUGGAUCUUGCUUUUGGGAAGAUGCAGAGCGCCAUUUCCUCCUCGCAGAUGGGACCGGUGGAGCAAGAAUGGAGGUGGGGCAUCGAGAAGGAUAUCAACAUCGUUUUGAUAAAAGAAUUCAUUAGGGGUAUUCAGGAGCAUUGCGAGUCCAUGGAAUCGAGAGUCACAAAGCAAGCCCCAAGUACGGUGUUUGGAGAGGAUUGGUCGAGUCUUAUGCACGAAAUCGCCCUGCUACGCUAUGAACUCGGGUUUUUUAUCAGCCAAAGUGAUGUCAAUUUUGUCGGGGAGGUAAGAGGGAGCGAGACAUUAUCUACCAAGACAAAGUCCGAAAACAGCACCCCAAAAGAAGCAAAGAAAUUCCUAGGCAAUGCUUUAUCAAAGAUCGGAAAGGAAGGCCAUGAGAGGAAGCAGCGACAAGGAUAUGAUGGAGAAGACGAGGAGAGCCACCUAGUUGCGCGGAUGAUAAAGAAUCACGAGUCGAUUAUUCAACAAAAAAGUAAGGAGCUGAAUUGGCUCGAGAGCAACAUUUUUCUGAGAAAGGGGUCUUCUUCUAGUAGGAAAGAGAAGGAUCCUAGUGGAUUGAAAAGAAGGAUCGAAGAAGUUAUCUGGAGGUCGGAAAAAAUCUUGAAGCGAGAUGCGAAGCUAGGCAAAAGAAUUAGCGACUACCAUGUAGGUGCUUGCGAGGAGGAAAAUAACCAAGAAACUAUGUCCGACCAAGUGGAGGCACAUGCGGAUAUUGUUGGAAUUGGUGCUCGUGCAGCAUCAAUUAAACAAGGGGACAGAACUCGAGUUCCAUGUGAAGUAGAGACAACGAUGAGCAACGAAAUAGGGAGGCUCGCAGAAGAAAAGGAGCUGAUAGAUUUGCAAAGCAUUUUAGCGGAUGAGAUCUACAUCACACUGCUGAAGUGUAUGAAAAAUGAAUGUCGUGCUGAGUUGUUUGAUUAUGAAUUAGAUCUUCUGAUAAGGCAAGGCGUACUCUGCAAUAUAGUGAAGGAAGCGACUUUCGAGCAGAGCGAAGAAAUAGCUAGGAACAAGAUGGAGUCCUGGAUCAGGGAAGAGUUGUAUUCUAUAUUUCUCCUUGAAUCGACAAAAUAUCAGAGAUGUGCUUAUUGCUCGAAGUCGGAACUCUAUGAUGAUCAGGAUGUCAGAGACAAGGUCACAUUCACUAAAAAUCCUGCUACUCCCGUUCCAUGGGAUCAUUGUUUGCAAGACCAGAUGAAUUGUGCAGUACAUGCAGUCGUCCUACGCGAAAUCCUAAAGGAACGGAAUAAUGCUGUCAAAGAUUUUAUAAAUGAGAUCCUUGUUACAGAGGAGAUUGGUCAUAUCGUCUCCAGCGAGGUAAUUAAAGAUUUGGUUGAAGGUGCUAAUUUCGCAUUGAAUUGCCAUGGAGAGUUAAAAAAUUGUAUAGAAGAUGUAUUAUAUGAAGCUGCCGAUCAAAGCACUGCAUAUUCCAGUUUAGAAUGCACAUUGAAGGAAGAUGUCUACAUGGUUUUCCUAAAAGAGACCACCAAAGAAUGGAGAGAAAAGAUAGAUGCUUGUGACAUUGAGAGAAGUAUUUCUGAAAAAGAGAUGCAUCAGCUUGUCAUUGGCAAGUCUAUGAGACACACUCGUGAUCGCCCCAGACAAGCUGAAUCACACAGAAGAGUUACUGUUGUAAGCCCAGAGGAUCUGGACGAAGAUGAGGAAUUCACGACCACUACAAAUUCUCAUUUCGAGAAACAAACUGAGAUCAAUAUUCUCCAAGAGACCUCAAUCAAUGAAAAAAAUGAUUUUGCUUCUGAGAGGGGUCAGAGAGUACAAAACGAAUCAGAAUCUCCCUUCCGAACAGCAGGCAGGUGCAUUCAACAGGCUCAGAUUCAGGAGACUUUAAACAUGGGCAUCAUCAAUGAUCGAAAGCCUUCCAUGGUCGAACCAAAAGAAAUCGGUUCAAUGCAAUUCAUUUACUCACAUUUAGCAUCUCAACCUCUCCAGGAAUUUUCUGAAGCAAUAUUGGAUUUGCAGCGAACAUUGCAUGAUCGUCUAGGGAAGAAUAUCAAGAGGCUACAUGACAUGAAGGGCCAAUUACAUGCCUCAUUUGAACUAGUUGAAUCACUCAGGAGAAGAGAAAUACUGUACAAGAAAGCCUUCGUCAGGAGAAGCCAGAAUCUUCAGAAGGCCGAGACCGAGGUGGAUUUACUGGGAGAUCAGGUGGACGCGCUUCUUGAAUUACUCGAGACAAUAUAUGCAAAGCUUCACCAAUCCCCUGUUUUCCAGAAGCAUUUCGAGGUAACACAAUGUGUGAAAUUUUCACUUCAGGGAGGCACAAACUUCAACCGGUCUACUCUGGUGAUGAUUUCAACGUUGCGCAACAGUUUCGAGGGACAAUCUUGAUGGUUGACCAUUCGCUUCUCAUGCAUUUGCAGAUCUCUGAAAUUCUGGGGCUGAUCAAGAAAGAGUUGAUCAACCGGAAAGAUCGAAGUGCCUAGAAGUUGCUCGAGGAGUUUGAUAUCCAUGUGGUCAACCUUGUCUCUGGAGUUUACAGAGAAACGUGAAAACUUGGGAUCACUCUUUUCUCAACCAUCCAUGAAAAUGGCAACGGAUAAAUCGAUU